AUGCAUUGUGCAAAAGUGAUAGAUUACCUUGAACUGAUUGGACAAGAAGAGAUUCAGUUUUUUGCUGACCAUGAAACUGAUCAUAUGCCUAAGGGAGUAGAUGCGGGGCAUGGGAAUGAAGCUAAUGAUGGGGUAGGAGCAGAGGGUGUUGAGGUUGAGAAUGAGGGAAUAGGUGAAGGGCGUGAGAAUAUUGCUACUGAAAUUGGUUUAGGGGCAAAGAGUUUUGAUGUUGAGAAUGAGGGAGUAGAUGUAGGGAAUGGGGAUGAUGCUAAUAUUGAGGUAGGGGCAGAGGGUGUUGAGGAUGAUGAGGGAGAUAGGGGUGGUCUUGAGAGCUUAGAACAAAAUGUAGAGGCAGGGGGUAGUGAGGGAGAAGACGGUGAUGAAGAAGCAAGAAAUGAGGGAGAGGUUGAAAGUGAUGAUGACUCGAGUGUUUAUAGUGAUGAUUUUGGUGAGAGUGAUGAUGAUGAAUUGAAAUUAGGGCAGUUUAUGGCUAGUGUUGAGGAGGGAGAAGAAGGAAAUAUUUGA